UUAUGUUUUCCCUCCCUGACAAGCUGUCAGUGUCGGAGCUUCUGACAGUUCUUUUACUUCCGGUUGAUUUUAUUGGAAAACAUUGAAAAUGACUAAGAAGAGGCGCAACGGAGGACGCUGCAAGCACAACCGUGGGCAUGUGAAGCCCGUGCGAUGCACCAACUGCGCUCGCUGCGUACCCAAGGACAAGGCGAUCAAGAAGUUCGUGAUCCGCAACAUUGUCGAGGCUGCCGCUGUGCGAGACAUCAGUGAAGCCUCCGUGUACACGUCCUACAUGCUCCCCAAGCUCUACGCAAAGUUGCACUACUGCGUCUCGUGCGCCAUCCACAGCAAGGUCGUGAGGAAUAGAUCCAAGGAAGCCCGGCGCAUCCGAACACCCCCACAGAGGACCUUCCCCCGUGGUGACAAUGCCCGCCCACAGAACCAAGCCCGCAAGUAAAAAACAAAUGUUGUGUAACUUGAGGUGAGAAGAAAAACAUUCUGUACGUGGGAAAAUUGCUCUUGAAUAAAAGCACGAAAAAGGAGUAAAAA